GAAAAGUUAUUCUUAAUCGAUUCUUGACAUUCUGGGAUUUAUAAGCUGGUCCUUGAUCAAAACAGCAGUCUUUCUCUGAACAAUUCUAUUCUAUCCUUUAUGAUUGGGCAUUAUGAUGAUAUAUUUUAAUGUAUGGUGAGGCCAGGCUUUUGUCCAAAGAGGACAUUUCUCUCCCCCCUCAUGACGUACAUAAAAAAAUAAUUGAGCGUACCCCCUCCCCUUUCUCUCACAUGCACGCGUACACACACGUCAGGGAGUCUCCUCCGGAUGCGCAGACUCCGCAGCUGCUCACGGUCACCGCCGUCACAUCAGUGUUUUCCGCCGCUCCGUGCGGAUUUACUCCACUUAUUUAUUAAAUUACUCGUUAUAUAAUACACGGCGAUUUGAUUUGAACACACACACACACUCAGUCACAGAGGAGGGUCAUCGCACAGGGAUCAGCCUCGGACCAGCAGCUCGUCAUCGUCCUCCAUCAGCGGCGCAACUUGACUUGAAGUGACAGUGUUGACCUGGAUUACUGCUGACACACGGAGGCUCCUCUGAACAGACCUCCUCACUGUGGACACACACACACACACACACCAGUGGACAGACUGCAGGUUCAGGAAAAGCAUCUACAUCCACACUGUUCCUCCUUUCUCCUGUGGCACAGCUCAGAUGGCAGACCCCGGUGUCACAUCUCCCUCUGGGACUCCACUACGAUCACCCAGUGUCCCGCUCACCCUCUCCUUCCCCUUUGUGAGGGAGGGGAGCCGGCUGUGGAAUGACGGAAAGGAGAAGCCUUUGCCUCGCGAUCUUCCCAGUCCACUGCCAACCAAACGCACACGGACAUAUUCAGCCACGGUACGUGCACACUCAGGCCCAGUGUUCAAGGGUGUGUGUAAGAACUUCUCCAGAUCACAGGGCCACGGCUUCAUACAACCAUCCCACGGUGGUGAAGACAUCUUUGUUCACAUCUCAGACAUCGACGGAGAGUACGUGCCUGUGGAGGGCGACGAGGUCACGUACAAAGUUUGCCGGGUUCCCCCUAAAAAUGUCAAGGUGCAGGCAGUAGAGGUGAAGAUCAUUCAUCUAAACCCAGGGAGCAAACAUGAGACCUGGUCUGGGCAGAUCAUCAGCACAUAGAGGCUGGUCCCUGGGUCUGGGUGGGGGCUGUGGACGGGGCUGGGGAUGGGGGUGGGACUGCUAACUCACAUUCUCUGCUUAAAAAAACCCAAAAACAUUUGACCUUUUUAACAGCACAUUGUUCAUCUCCCACAGCCGAUAAACUGUCCGUUUACACCUGGUUUUUGUUUUUAUGUUUUCAAUCCUCAACCACAUCAUUUGCUUGUAUUUCAUGUUGGGGUUAAUGUGAUGGAAGACAAAAGUCACCUUAAAUGUUUGGAUGAGAAGCUGGACACAGACUUUUUGUGUACAGAAAGUCAAAACGAAAACAUUUUCAGUUUCACUUCCCUUCUCAGCGACUGUUUUGGACUCAGAAACUUCUCCAAACCUCUCAGGGUCACAUGUCACAUGAGUCAGACGAUGUGGCCCACACUAUUGCUGCACUGAGCGCAUAAUAAGGAAAGCUAUUAGCUUCAUAUAUGAAUCUAACAUCAUUAAAAACCAGAUGUCAAUAUUCUGGAGUGUAAAUAUUGAUGAUAGUGGGCGGUCAGAGAAGGUCACCAGUAAUAACAGCAGACAUUUAGAACUUGUUUUACUCAGAAAACUGAGACAAAACAUUGUAAAUAUCAUUAGCUGUUGUAUUUACAUCUAUGAAAUUAUUUCAAUCUAUUUUGAGGAUCUGGUUUUCAUAAGACAAAUAUAGUAUAAUAAUGACGAUGACGCAGCGGAUAUACAGAAGAUACUGAAGGUUUUAAGAAAUUCGAAUUUUUUUAUUUUAUUUUAAAAAGCACAACAGGAGAACAGAAGUUUAUUAUAAAACCCAAUAAUUACUUAAAUAAUCAAUGUUUUAAGUUAAUUAAUGCGGAAUUAAAGACAGUUACUUACUGUAAGUGAAAGUCGAUUCAAAAAAUGCCUUUUUGUCUUGUUUGUGUUAUUAAUUUAUUGGAUUAUUUGUCCAAGUGUGUGUAUAUCCGCCGUACGUACACAAACUUAUUUAUCAUUAAUGCUUGACAUUUAGAAAUCAAAACUUCCAAAUGUCUUCUUUUCAAAGGGUUCUGAAAACUAUUUUUGAACUUCUUUUUCUACUUUGAUGAGAAAACUGUACCUGUGUGUAGUUCAACUGUUUACACGGCAGUGAUACCAUAGAAAAGUCAGCGUUUAAACUGAGCAUCUGGUUAUGACUCUAGUCCCUGUAGUACACAUGCCAGGCCUGUACCUGGCGCUGUGUCACGCCCGAGCUGACGUACUACCGCCGGAAAAAAAAAUUAAACCGGAAUUUCAAAAAAGGCGGCACAGAGUGUGAGUAUUAAGCUUGCGAAAGGUAAACAAAGUCGCUCAAAAUGGAGCUUCAAAAGUGGAAUAAUGUAUGAAUUAGCCCCUUUAGCACGAUGAGAAGUAGCCUAGCAUCCGCCAUUGUAGCUAUUGUGUAUGACUGUUGAAACCUUACGAAGAGGCGGGGCUGACAGCAUCGUCUCGCCCUGCUCUGUUCACACGGAGACGCAGAGACAAAAAUGUUUAACUUCUCCGCUCUGGGACUUGUUUUCGGGGUUCUCUGCCCCUGAACUGUGGAUUUGUCUUAACGCAAAGCCAAAUCGUCGCUAUAGCUUCGGCAUCCGGUGUGUAAACAUCUGAAUGUAGCCAUGUUGUUGGUUAUCCCAGGACCACUUCAGUGUUACCUCAUUUCCUGUAAUCCCUGUCCCAUCGCCUGUAUUUUUUGUCACAUUUAAAUGCACUUUGUGUUGUUGACGGGCCACAGGGUGGUUCUGCCUUCACGACUGAUUCACCUGAGCCAUGAAGGGACAUUAAAACGUUUUACUGUC